AAAUAUGCCCUAGCAACGGCGAACAAGCUGAUAGAUGUUUAUGGUUCUGAUGGAGUCACAGGUUAUGACAUUGGAUGUUCAUUCACCAAAACUGCGGCUGCCAGCUCGAUAGCAAUGAAGGUCAAGAAUCACAAUCAUCAUUUUGUCGUCAACUCCUUCCAUGGUCACGCACAUAAUCACCGCUGUCAACUCCAAUUCCAUACACUUUACCAACAAGGUCUUGGGAUAGAGGACCUUGAAACUUGCGAACGAGUAUUCUCCGGAUCAAAUGCUGUGGCCCCGGUGAUACAGCAUGCAUCGUACUUUCACUGGCUUCAAUUCAUCGAUUUACACUUCAACCAAUGGGAUCAAGAUUGGUACCAGGAACUGAGCCAAUUUAUGUAUCAAAAUUACAAGCAAGCGCUCAAUAUCAUCAAUAACUUGACACCCGUCGUUGAAGAACUCAAAACACAACUGAAGAUCACUGACACUGACUUCGAGCGUUGGAAUAUCGAAGAGUUAGAGUAUCUUCAACGCCUCUCAAUUGAACAGGAGUAUGAUCCUCAAAAGAUCGCAUAUGUGGAAGCUCUCCAGUUACUUUCUAAGGCCGAGUAUGUGUUCUAUAAUAUAAGAUUUCUCCCAGCUGAUAAGGUUUCAGGGCUGUGUAUGGAGGCGUCACUUCGGUCCAGUUUCUAUCAUACAUUCCUACAGAUUUCACACGAUACUCUGGUCUUCGGAAAGAAGCUCAAGUCAUGA